AUGGGAAGCUGCUGUACUACUCAGGCAGCCAAUACUCCACACCCAACCAAACCCUUGGUGCGCAUGUGCGCUUCAGGCAAUCAUUUUCCUAACUUUGCUGACAUUGGUGAUACUGUGGUACUGUUUGUGGACUUUGGUGACCAAUUCAAGCCAGUCCCACCACAGAACAUGGAUCACCCACUGGGCGGGGCAACUGCAGGACGAGUUUGGCCUAAACGCCAUCAAUCAAGGCAUGAUGUUGAGGAGUACGAGGCAAGUUUACUGAUUCACUUUUUACUAAAUAAACACUAAGAGAAAAUAUUUACAGCAAACAAGUACGUAAUUAAAUGUCUAUUAUCGCUAUCAGUUCAUUCAAAAAAGGAAUUUAUAAGUGUGCUACUGAGUAUUUUCAAAGAGGUAGAUUGGUUCAUUGAUAUACACCAGAUCAUUUCUAAAUUAUAAUCCUGAGUAACGAGAGUAUACCAGAUUUUUCCAAUAAACUUUAUUUACUGUAAAUCCUUUAUGUCCUGUUUAUUAAUAAUUAUUUCUCCCCUUUGUAUAAUCUUUUGGUAUCAUUUUAUAUAUAGACAAACAUGAACAUAAAUUAAAAGAAUAAAAUUUAAACAUUCCCUGCACGUAAUAUUGACUGGCCAGCCACGGUUAACUCCAGCUACCUGCAGGCCAGGGUCUGGUUGCAUAAAACAUCUUAAGAUUAAGGGAGCUCGCAACUAUUUUUUCAAAACAAUGGGUUUAUAUUGUUUUAGAACAAAAGUUAAGAGCCCUCUUAUAUUAAGAAGGCUUUAUGCAACCUGGCCAGGCUACUUUUGUAAAACUUAAUGAUAAGGAAAAAAAGAUUGUUGUUGUGGUUGUUGUUGUUGCUCUUUCCGACUAAUUUGCUUGGUGUAUGGGUAAAACAUUUCUAACUUAGAAAAGGUCAUCUCACAUCCCUGUAACUACUGUCAAAGGUGCCAAUUUAACCUCUAAAGGUAUUUUGACAACUGGAGAAUCUCUUUUUAAAAUUUGCAUUAUCACCUACUACUCCAUUAUCAAACUGUAUUACUCCACUACCCCAUAUAGACACAACUGACCCGGACCCCAAAUAUUAAUUGAUGUGGACUUUUGAUGAAGAUUGAUUCAAUAAUGCAGUUGCUUAAUAUAAAAUUAUGGCUGUGAUGAUGGAAAAAUCUUCGCCAUAUGGUGAAAGGCCAGAAAAAUGACACCAAUGACCCUAAUAAAUCUAAAAGUACAGGAUUUUGGAGUUUGGGGUUAAAUUGCAGCAGUACAGGAAAAUUUAAAUGCUGCUUAUAUCUAUGACAUUGUAGCAGGGAAAAUAAAUAAGUAAUUUAUGCCUCUCUAUUCACAGAUAAAGCUAGCUGGACUCCAAGCAUUCUUGAAAAAGAUUAAACCACGUGACCAGGACUGUACAAGCUUUCGAUCAGAAGCAAGAAUUCUAAUGACAGAUGAAGUGCUGGAACACCCUGGUGGACUGGUGAAAUUUGCCGUGCCAUACAGCGACAAUCAUGGUCGAUAUUUGGGUGUGGUUACUGAAGAGGAUCUUGAAUAUGACCAAAAGAACAGGGUUUAUCAUUGUAAGCAUUUUGCUUUACUCGACCUUUAAUUCAUCCAGGAUUUCGGUGAAAUCAGUUCUUUCCUUUUCAUUCAACCUUUCCUUCCUUCUAUUAUUCCUUAACACUAAGGGGCUGUCUAUAUAUAUAUGGACGUAGGAAGACCCUAGCACCAGGAAGAUCCCAGAAGGCGGAAUAACUUUUUACUGGGUUUACAUGAGGAAAUUUUGUGACACCAAGUAGAGAGCGAAUUAGUGAUGGCGGGCAACAAUAGCAAAAACGCAAUGUGGCCCCUUCUGCUCUCUUUACUGGUUUUAUAACUACCUUUCAGCAGAAUUACCACAAUAAAUAUAUCAGCUCAUGGUAACUCCUAACAAAACCAUCAGCCUUUAUUGCCGUGAUUACCUGCUAAACCAUAGUUAUUAGAGGAGACUGGUUAUGAAAAGCGGCAAACAUCAAUGAUAAGAACAACAGUGCUGCAGUUUAUGUUGGAAGUAACGUGAAAGUGCACAAUCCAUUGUUUUCUGUUGGCAAAUUGUUACCGAAUAAAUUAAUGCAACGUUUUUAUUGGUCAAUACAAUCAAAAUGAUAGGAAUUCUUUUGAACGUUGUGCACUUUCAGGUCCACAAAAAAAUAUAACAAAGGAGUCUGACGGGUUUCAUGACCAUUCCACUCAAUUAACUAUGGCUAAACCGACUGCCACCUUUUUUGUCUGGUUUGUCUGUAGUACUAGGAUCUUCCUGGUGAAAGCAGUUCACAUUGUGCUAGAAUCUUCCAACCUCUCAGCUAGGAAGAUCCUAGUACUAGAUCAGAAAGAUCCUAGCGCAAGUGACAAGACAGUACGACUUUUUGCAUGUAAACUGGAUAAAGAAUUUUUAGGAUCUUCCUAGGACUCUCUAUGUAAACAGCACCUAAUUUUGAAUUCUUGAUUGCUAGAUCCACUGUGGGAUCAGUUAAUUGUUCACAACCAAGUCAUAAGAAAUGACAUUCGGCUUCGCACAUCAUCAAGACUUGUUGAAGGAACAUAUGGUUCCAUGGGGCGUCAGCGACGUAGUCUUCGGGAGUCUGGACUGCGAGAAGAUGAAGUAGAUGCACCCGGUGCGAGUGGAAGUGUAGAGGUUUUAACAGCUACUGAUGAAGAGCUUAGUCGACCUCUGAUACAGGUAAUUAUUUCCAUAUUUUCAUACCAAUUUUUAGUCAUUUUUCAGAAAAAUAAUGGGCCUGAUCUGGCUAUUCACACGUUAACGCAUAAUGUACAGUAGAAACUAUUCAUCAUAUGAUAAGGCUGCAUGAGAGACUGGAAGCCAAAUAUUUAAUCUCAACUGUUGUUAGUCACUGUUCUUUCCUCUGAUAACCCUUAAUUUUUAUAAAAUUAUUGUAUUGAGCAAAUUAUAGUUACUCACCAUUGGCCACAGUUCAUUCAUGAUCAUGAGAAAAUAUAUAGUUAUUACCCAAGGGUGAAUUAAAAUGCAUGAAAAUGCUGCCAGAAAUAGUAUCUUGAAAUGUAAAAUCUUGAAAUGAAAAAAAGAGCAAACAAACAAUGAAUGAAAUAUACGGAGGGCUUUGAGAAAAUUUGGGGUUAAACUUUGGUUCUCUAGAGUCGCAAUUGUCGAGGAGUAUGACUUAUUAAAGGAGAAUGCAAGGUUUUGCCCAGUGUAUCUCCCAUGGGAGAUUCUCAGCCUGGAAUUUUACGAUAAUCGGGAAUGUUAGCAUGCAAUAUAUACACUUAUUGAUUAUAUACAGUAAUUAAAUUAAGGAAAUUUCAUUUCACCACUAGCCACCAGCUAAACGCUACUGGCCAGAUAGUUGGGAGAUGUCAUGCUGGAGGCACCUAUGCUGUGACAGAUUCGUGCGGGCAAGAAACCCAUUCACCAGAUUUUGGGCCAGAUUUUUUGUAGCACCAUUAACAAAUGUUACUGGCCUGAGUCUUUACUACCAGCUGUAUUUGGUGGAGAUUUUCCACAUCCGAUUUCUAACAAAGCUUGGCCAUUACAUUUUCAUGGUACAGUAUGUUUUUAAAUAAUAGAACAUUUAAAAUUAAUUCCAAGCACAACAAGGAUCAUAGCAGCUUGCAAUCUCAGUUGGCCCAUCUGUACUUGUAUAUAUCCAAUGAUCUCUGCAAUGUAAUGACAUCAUCAAGAAACUCAAACAGCAUGGUUUUGACUGUUUUUGAAGCCCUCUUGGCAAUCAAGAAAUGCUUUUGGCGAUUACUUUCGAUUGCUGAGUAUUUUACAGAGAACAAUAAAUUAUUGUUCUUCAGGUAAAUAAGAGCAAAAAUCAAGAUUAAAGAACAUGUGUCAAUAUGCCCGGGAUAUCUUUGUUUGUCGAAAGUGCAUUUCAGUUUGGCUUUUUACCGUGAAAACUUUGCUUUUUCCUGAAAACUAUACCGUUGAAUUCAUUUUAUGUGGAGGGAAACCGACAAUGAAUUGGUUCUUUCCGUCUUUCCCCACCAAUUGAUGUGACUUAUGGUUAAAAGACUGGUUUCAGGUCCGUACAUCAAUCACCCGUUGAAUCCAAGAGUGAAUUUAGGCCAAAAUAAUGCACAAUGGCUUUGAAAUAAGUGGAUAAACUUAUCUUCCUCAAAUGCAUCUUUAAAUUUUUGAUAAAAGCAGCUCCACCAGUACAGUCCUUCAAAUGUUGUCGACGACAGACAAACAUGGUAUAAAGUUAAUAACGCAGAGUGGCAUGUGGCCCAAUAAUUGGUAUAGGGGUUAAUAUACUACCGGCUGGUGGUUAUGUUGCAAGUUUGAAUCCUGGUGGAUCGAAAUUUCUUUCUUUGUUGUACAAUAUAUAUGUUUUUCUUUUUAGGUUUUUUGUUUUGUUUUCUUUUAUAUCACAUUUUUCUCUUUCCCUUGUUUCCCUUAUUGUUACUGCUGACCGUCUUAUAAGCUUCAUGAGGUUUUAUAUUUGCAAUAACAUAUUUCUAGUAUACAUUUAAAUAAAAUUGAGGUAAAGUACAUCUAGAAGUUAACAUUCUCCCAUGUCAGUGACCUCCACGUCACUCUUUUUGCUGUCUUCUUAGAAAAAUGUGUGACCUUUUACAUGGAGAGAUUUUUGCUCUUUUUGCACAAAAAUUAGUCACUUUUAAGAACAGUUAUGCUCUCACUCAGUCUCAAUCACAUUUUAAUUAUAUAAUAAUAUUUAUUUAUUUCUCAUAAUUUAUCCAAAGUUUAAAAUAUUAAGCAAAAGAACAGCACCUUCAACCCGAUGGCAUUGCUAUCGACAUUAUUGCUUAAACUAAAUUAAUGCUGAAUAAUCUGUUUUUCACAUGCAGCCUUUCAUUGUGAUGAUGAUGAUGACAUUCUUUGCACAAUGGAGAUUUUUUGGAUGUUACACACUAGCCAACACAGAAGUACUUGUUCUCAAUGGUGCUGCUGUCAUGGCUUAUGCCUUCAUGCUAUGGUACACAAUAUGGGGUUUUGUACAGAAGACUCGUCUCUUAGGGGUAUGCCUAUUUUUCUGAUAUCCAUGUAAUCUAGGUACCUUGCUAGCAGAGGUUUCUCUCUUGCAUGGCUUUAGCGUUUACGAGGUCGUUCACGUGGCUUGUCUGUCAUGAGGUUUGGGUUUGUUUAUGCCCACGUGAUAGACAAGCUCCAUGCAAACAACUUUGUAAAUGCUAAAAGCUAUGCAAGAGAUAAACCUGACCUGCUCGCAGGGUACAUUAUCUAGGUAACUAAAUGGACUUAAGUGGGAGCACACUCCUGUUACACAUGUUACAAUUGUAUCCCUAAACAUCUUGUAUUAAAAAUGUCUUACAAUGAUGGUCUAAGUUGUCUCGCUUAUAAAUAAACUCUUAACCCUUUCAGUCACUGUCUGUGGCAAAAUAACAAAAUAUUUACAACAAAAGAAUUCAAAUUUCAUUUUGAAAAAUCCUAUGAAGGAAACACUACUAUGUAAAAGUUCUGCUGUAAGUAGGAAGUUUUUAUUUGAAAUGAAACACACAGGAUUUCACCUAGAGAUGAAAAAGUUGAUGUGAAAAAUAAUCUCACAAGAUAACAGUCUGAUAGAAAACAAAAUGUUAGCUAGGAAAAUUUCUUUACUCUGCUAAUUUGGAAAUGAAUGUAAAUUAAAUACUUAACAAUCAAAAUAAAUUAAUAAUAAGUUGCGCUGGCCUAUUUCUUUCAGUUAUUUAUGCUGUUACCCAUGGGAGUUCUUUAUAUUCUCGCAAACAUAACUUUUCAAAUGGCAGUGAAGAAUUCAUUACCAGAAAACACCAGCUGUAAUGAGUGUUGGAACCACACUGAACAUGCACCUCAUUUGAAGUAUUUUAAUGCUUUUAAACUCAUGUACUGGUUCUACAACCCAGCAUUGUGGGUACUUGUUCUGUGCUUUGGACAAGCUUUGAGCCACAUAUUUGAACGUAAGUGUUGUUUUUUUUUAGUUUAGAAAAUCCCAAAAUAUCAACAUAUAGAUUUACUACUUUGUAAUUGCUUGUGAAAUGAAGGAUAAAUUUGUCAAUUACAACAGGCAACAGUUGCUUGAGACCUUUAAAUUUUCCAAACACACCUAUGCAAAUAUAAUUGUAACCAUGGAAACUCAAAGUUAUGGUUUCACCUUAUUUUAAUGAGUUAUGUUGACUUUUAAGUUUGCCUACAGUUUCUCAUCUUAACCGUUGAGUAAGGAGAAAACACCACUUUACAUAAAAAAAUUAUUUUUUUAUAGUAACCUUAGUCUGAAUUGUCAUAGACUGCAAGCUGUCUCUUAUUUUUCUUUAGUGUCACUGUUAAGUGCGAUAACGUGUGAGGAGCGAGCGGCGAAGCCGCAAGGAACGAGGGCGGAGCUCAAGUGAAGAAAAAAUAAGCAAAUAAGUCCUUUCCACUCAAAAGUGAUAAAACGGCUUCUUCUUGUCUAGAUUUAAGAAUUUUUUCUGCCUAACUUUUCCUCACAAACACGUUUCAAAACAUCUUUUCUGUCCCCCAUCUUAUCUCAAAGCGACGUGCGAAAAGUGGACUCCCUACAGACUGAGGCUUUUUUUGACAGAUUGCAUUUUUGACAGAUUGACAAGUAGGUGACCAAUCGGAAUUUCUGUUUUGCUGAAACGGGUAAUUCAAAAGACAUAUAAAACCUCUGCCGUCGUCCUUUUUCCUCUCUCGCCCCAAUCUCUCCUCCUUUUUUGCAAGUAAUUUGCAUAAUUUUAACUUUUUACGCGCCCUGCAUGGCACUGAGGAACAAAGGACGACCGCUCACGGUCUAGAAAUGUCGAUCAUAGGUCUCCACCUUCUAACCUUUGGGGGGUACAGGGGAGACAAACUUUCUCUUCCCUGCACCCCCAUUGGUUGGGGGGGUGGAGACGUAUGACAUUUUAGACUAUGGGAGUAUUUAUUAUUAUAAGGUAUUGUUUCCCAAUCAGCAGUAAACUAUAGUUCUUGCUCAAGAUUUACUACUUGCCCUUCCAGCUAAAAUUCCACCUCGUGUCAAUAAUACUGCCCACUGGAUGAGCUGUACAGACAUAUGUAAAAGAUAUGGCUACCCUAGGUCUCUUCUGAUAUUCCUCUCACAAGCAAUAUUUGGAACCGUUGAUGAGGUAAGUCUAUCAUCUUGUACUUAAACAUUUGAGUCCUAAGCAGUUUACCAAAUAUUGCAUAAACAGCUGCCUACUAUUACCUUAGGUUACUUUAUAGUCAUGUUAAUUCCAAGGUUGGAAGUGCUAGUUAUGUCCUGCUUUGAUUAACCUGUGGUAACUUCAGUUACUGGUAGAAAGUUCAACAGUUUUCAACAAUUCAUGCACUGCCACAUCGAGUAAAGCAACUACCCCCACUUAAAUGCUGUGUAAUGGAGGGCAAUAUUCCAAGGAAAAAACAAAAUCAUUAUUUAUUUUUUGAAACAUUCAGAGCAGCAAAAGCGAGAGUGGGGGGUGGGGGUGGGGUGGGUUGAUAAUCUCUUGUACGAGUAUAUAAGCUAACAUUAAAGGUUACGGCACUUGAGCCAUUCAUUCUGCAAUAGGCUGAGGAAAUAAUAAUUUUUUUGUCAAUGGCAUGUGUGGUUCCAGAACAUAUCCAUACCCCCACCAUGGAGAGAAUUUCACUUGCGUCCCCCCCCCCCAUCUCCAUGGGUUUUCCAUCUUUAUACGGAACUGAUGAGCCCUUUGUAACCACACAGUCUAUAAGAGUAACAUUUAAACUGAGCAGAAUUGAAACUUAUGGAUAUUUGGAACAUGGUAACAGAUUUUUUUGUGUGUUUAACUCAACUAUUAGAUAUACUUGGUGGUCCUGGGUAUAAGAUUACAUAUGAACUACUUUUCAAUACAAGAUCAGUACUACUGGGGUCAAUUUGAUAAAACUUUUACAAGCGUAAUUCACAAGUGUAGCUAUUGUUUUUAGGACCCUAAAACAAUAGCUAGCUACACUUUGUAAAUUACGCUUGUAAACGUUUUAUUUUAAAUUGACCCCUCGUAACUUAAUGCAAUUCUACAUAUGACACAACAAAGUUGACAACUACUUUAAGUUGAGCCAUUAAAUUCUCACCUUUUCAUUUACUCAGUAAACCUGUUUUUUUAAUUAAAUGUUUUUCUUUUCUUUCACUAGCUUCUUGCAUCACCACGGCUUCUUCCUUUAUUAAUGUUGCGAAUUUGUUUUAAUCUUGGUUACCAACCCAAAGAGUGGGAAGUGCUUAGAAUACUGGUUAAAAAGUCAUUACAGUAUGGUGAGGCAGCCUUUUUGUUAUCUUCCCUUUACUCCUGGUUUCUAAAAAUUCUUAGGAUUGUCUGGUUCCCCCAAGUCAUUUCAAAAUGUGCGUAGGCAAUCAUUGUGCAACAUUAAUUGCCUGGAUAGAACUACGAGUACAGAUAUACAGCUUUAGGAUGGUUUGUGUUUGGUUCUGCCUGGACCUGGACAAAGCUUAAGUCUAGAUAAUAUAGCCUGGUGUCCAUUUGGUUGAUUGUCUUGAGUGCCCCGCAAUAAAUUGAGGUGAUCCAAUCAAUUACAAGGACACUGGCCAUUAGGUUUUCGUUCAGAGGUUCAUAUGUUGUCGUUAUUCAUAAAGACUGAACUAUUAAAAAUGUUACUUAUUUUAAAACAGGUGUUACUCUAACAAACUAAGAUGUUCGCAUGAGAUAGUCAUGUACGUAAGUCAUCCUUAUCUGUCCACCUGGCCAAAAGAAAGAGAAAACAGGACAUUUGGAAUAGGAGUCUACCACAAAGCCACCCUCUGUAUUACUUUAUAAUUGAACAAUAAAUGGUCUAAGAGAAAUGAGCUGCUUUUUGGGUAAUCAGCGGUAUAUUUGUGUGUUACAUGACUGAGUAUAUUUUACGUACAACUUCCAUUAGAUCUCCAGAUUAUUUCACUAACAUUAUACAGGUACACAAUAUUCUCGUAUUAUAAUAUUAUUAUAAUUUAAAUUUGUAAACAUUCCUUGGAAUCUUACCAGAUUAAUGUGUUAUUGUUGUCAGGGGACCCAGCAUUAGAUUACAUUGGCACAGGAGGGGCAGAGUAUCUCCCAGAAGACUCAGUGAUCCCUGGUAUGUAUCAUUAUUAUUAUUUGCCCAGUAUUAACAUUACAGUUUAAAUUCAGUGUGACUAUGUGAACGUAAUAUGAACAGAAGAAUAACUAUGCCUAGAGGCUUAACAUACUGCAAAGUGCCGACUGAAAUGUAAUGUCAAAGAAAAGGUGCCCUACAUGUACUGCUAUACACUUGGUUGCCAAACUUUUCUUCCUCUAAAUGGAACUGGAUAAUAACAUCAAAAAAGUUACUUGAUAUUCUUUUUACUAUUAAUAAAAAUCUUUUUUGUUAUCCAGAGACUUCAAUAUCCGCCAGUGAUUCCAACAAAGAGACUCCGGAUCAUAGCUACAACACUGGUUACAACAUUGGUGAGACAGUCUGCUUUGGUUUAAUAUUUUCAUCAACAAACUGCAUCAGGCAUGACAUGUUGAGAAAAAUAGAGCUCACAGGCAGGAAAUGAUUGAUCUUGACGUUUACCACUAGAUAUCUAGUAUUAUCUUCCAACUUUAAACAAAGGAAAGCUAAACACAACAACAGAGUGCAAAAAGGAACUUAUCAAUGUCUAACACUUACAGUGUAUGCAUUAUUUUCUUCUCAAUUGAACAGCAAAACUAAAAAGACAUAUAAAACAGAUGGAGGACAUACUCACUGAAGAACAACACAAGCAGCUAAGUGACCCUCGAAAGCUUAUGACAGAUAGAGUAGAUGAUUGGCUAGAACAGUUCAUUGUGUUGCGACACUAUGUAGCAAAAUAUGAGCUACAAGUUCAUGCAUAUGGUCCAUUUCGCACUGAUAAGCAGGAUGCUGAAGCUGAAUUAGAUGAUGCGCGAAUGGAUAGAGACUUUCCAGAGAAACAUCAUGAAAGUUUCCGGAAUUUUCUGAAGGAAAUGCGUUUUCACCUGUGGAUGAUGGAAGAUGAGUUUAUUGAAAGAAGGGCACUAAGCAACUGCUGUGAAAAGGAACUAUAG